UCCUGACCCUUCGUCACGCUAAAGCUCAUUCUAAAACCUUGGAACACUCUAGAACCUAAACCCUUUAUUUUCACACCAUUAAAGCCUCCAUCUUCUCCCUCUCUAACAGCGCCAUUAUUUGAUUUCACUGAGCUCGAUUCUAUCAAUCGAUCUAUCUUCUUUGUGUGAGUGCAUAUUGUGUUUUUGACGGAAAAAUGGACGAGGAUUUUGGUAUUCCACCGGUAGAGGGAAUGGACGACGACAUGGAUCUGCCGGAUGACAGUCCGAUCAUGAAAGUCGGCGAGGAGAAGGAAAUUGGAAAUCAGGGAUUGAAGAAGAAGCUUGUUAAGGAAGGUGAAGGUUGGGAUACUCCUGAGCCUGGUGAUGAAGUCGAAGUUCAUUAUACUGGAACUCUGCUGGAUGGAACCAAGUUCGAUUCCAGUCGCGAUAGGGGGGACCCCUUUAAGUUCACACUCGGUCAAGGACAAGUAAUUAAAGGAUGGGAUCAAGGUAUAAAGACGAUGAAGAAAGGUGAAAGUGCUAUUUUCACCAUUCCUCCGGAGCUGGCUUAUGGUGAGAGUGGUUCUCCUCCAACUAUCCCUCCAAAUGCCACUCUACAAUUUGAUGUUGAAUUGCUAUCAUGGGUGAGUGUAAAAGAUAUUUGCAAGGAUGGUGGAAUUUUCAAAAAGAUCCUCACAGAGGGGGAGAAAUGGGAAAACCCGAAAGAUCUUGACGAAGUAUUAGUCAAGUAUGAAGCUGAGCUUGAAAACGGCACAGUGGUGGGAAAAUCAGAUGGAGUGGAGUUCACUGUUCAAGAUGGUCAUUUCUGUCCUGCUCUUGCUAAGGCUGUGAAAACUAUGAAGAAAGGUGAAAAGGCACAAUUGACAGUGAAACCGCAAUAUGGCUUUGGAGCGAAAGGAAAACCAGCCUCGAGUGAUGGAGGGGCAGUUCCACCUAAUGCCACAUUACAGAUCAACUUGGAGUUGGUCUCCUGGAAAACUGUUUCAAAUGUUACUGAUGACAAGAAAGUAGUAAAGAAGAUCUUGAAAGAAGGGGAAGGAUAUGAGAGACCCAAUGAAGGAGCUGUUGUUAAAUUAAAACUGGUAGGCAAGCUGCUAGAUGGAAGAGUCUUCACAAAGAAGGGCCAUGAUGGGGAAAAUGAAGACAGCUUUUUUGAGUUUAAGACAGAUGAGGAACAAGUAAUAGAUGGGCUGGAUAGAGCUGUCAUGACAAUGAAGAAGGGUGAAGUGGCGCUGCUUAUUAUUGCACCUGAAUAUGCCUUUGGUUCAUCUGAGUCAAAGCAAGAUUUAGCUGUCGUUCCCCCUAAUUCAACUGUACAUUAUGAGGUUGAGCUUGUUUCUUUUGUCAAGGACAAGGAAUCGUGGGAUAUGAAUACUCUGGAGAAAAUUGAGGCUGCUGGUAAAAAGAAAGAAGAAGGGAAUGCAUUGUUCAAGGCUGGUAAAUACGCAAGGGCAUCUAAGAGAUAUGAGAAGGCCGCUAAAUUCAUCGAGUAUGAUACUUCCUUCAGCGAGGAGGAAAAGAAACAGUCUAAAGCAUUGAAGAUCACCUGCAACUUAAAUAAUGCAGCUUGCAAGUUGAAAUUGAAAGAUUACAAGCAGGCUGAGAAACUGUGUACCAAGGUGUUGGAACUGGAUAGUACAAAUGUCAAAGCCCUUUACCGCAGAGCUCAAGCAUAUAUGAACAUGGCUGAUCUUGACCUGGCUGAAUUUGACAUUAAGAAAGCUCUUGAGAUUGAUCCUGACAACAGGGAUGUGAAGCUCGAGUACAAAGCUCUAAAGGAGAAAGUCAAGGAAAUUAACAAGGAGGAUGCAAAGUUCUACGGAAACAUGUUCGCAAAGUUGAAUAAGCAGGAUGCAGCAAACUCAGCUAAAUCUGCUCCCAAGGAACCAGAAACGAUGAGCAUAGAUAGCAAGGCAUAACUUUAACUCAAGACAUGACAUAAAAAGGAUCAGCAUCAUUUUCUUGACUGUUCCGAUGAGUUGUCAUAUCUGCCAUGGAGUCGUUAUAGUUGGAUUUUAGGAAAAAGUGUGCGCUGAAUAACCUGACUGUAAUUUCUGAUUUUGCAUUGGGUAUUUCGGAUAUUAAUGGAUCCUUCUGUGAUAGUGUCAUGUGGAAACUUUGGUGUUCCAUAAUUUAGUUAUUGUGUGUUCUUUUGUUGAGUGGAAUUAAUUAAAGUCAUUUUGAAUUGAUGUAGAAAAAAA